AUAUUAAUUACUAGUAUACAUUUAGCAACACCAGUUAGACACUUUAGUGACAAUAGUUCGGCUAUGAAGAACAUUUUUUAUUUUAAACAAUGAUAACUCGAAGUCUUUUAUUCAUUUUAUUAUGGAAACUACUAAAUAUUGCACAUGGAGAAAAUUGUAGUAUUUUUGAAAGAGACUCUGCCUCUAUUACUGAUGACAUAUUUGAGGAAAUUAAAGAAUACGCAAACAGUGGAGCACCCGACGAGUUGUUCAACAUUACAGCAAUUGAAUCUAUUUACAGUGAGUACCUAUCGACCAAAUACAAUGAAGAUAUUGAUCUAAAUAUAACGCAAUUAUUAAACAAAUACGGGUAUCCUGUGGAACAGCAUGAGGUGCUGUCCAGCGAUGGGUACAUAUUGACCAUGUUCCGGAUACCAAGCGAUGGCCCCGUUGUGUUUGUAAUGCACGGAAUUUUGUGUAGCUCCGAUGACUUCGUAACUACUGGACCCAACAAUGGACUUGCCUAUUUACUUGCCGAUGCUGGUUACGACGUGUGGUUGGGAAACGCUCGUGGUAAUGUACAUUCUAGACGUCACAUUAGUUUGUCGCCGUCCUGCGCAGAGUUCUGGGACUUCAGCUGGGACGAGAUUGGUCGUUACGAUCUACCAGCUAUGAUUGACUAUGCUUUGGAUAAAACUAAUCAGAAACAACUGGUAUAUAUCGGACAUUCACAGGGUACGACGACUUACUUCGUGAUGUGUUCAGAGAGGCCGGAAUACAAUGAUAAAAUAAAACUAAUGAUAGCGCUGUCGGCGGUGUCAUUUUUGUCUCACACCAAGAGUCCACUUUUGAAAAUUUUUAGUGCUAUAUAUCCCUUUCUGUGGGCAAACUUAAAAGCCUUAGGUAUAUAUGAUUUUAUGCCAAGAAACGUAUUAUUGGAAUUUUUAACGAACACCUUUUGUGGAAGACCAGCAACAGCUGCAAUAAUUUGCGAUAGUAUUGUUUUCCUUCUGAUGGGUCCUGAUUAUGCACAGAUAAAUGCUACUGCCUUGCCCGUGAUAUUUGGCCAUAUGCCUGCAGGUAUAGCGACUAAGCAAUUAGUGCAUUAUGCGCAAAUUAUAAACACAGGAACAUUUAGACGAUUUGAUUAUGGUAAAUUGGAAAACUUAGCGACAUACGGAUUAUUAUCGCCACCUGAUUAUCCUGUUGAGAAAAUAACUGCACCUAUGGUAAUUUUCUAUGGUCUCAAUGAUUGGCUCGGCCCAAUUGAAGAUGUCGAAAAACUUAUAAGUAAAUUGCCAAAUUUAGUUAAGUUUAUAACUGUUCCAUGGGAUAGAUUUUCUCACAUGGACUAUUUAUUGGCUAGGGAUGUAAAAGAGUUACUAUAUGUAGAUGUUCUGAAUCUAAUUAAAGAGUCUUUAAAUGGUUCAUUGUCCGGUUAAUAAUAUAUCUAUAUAUCGUAACUUCAAUUCUUUAACGACAAGCACAUAAGGGUGAAUGACACAAUAUUUUGAUAAUGUUAAGCUAAAUAUUAUAUGUAAACUGUCAAACUUUACAACUUUGUAUAAAAUAGGUAUUUUGAAUAAUAUACGAGCAUUCUAAAUUUUGAA